UUCCGCACUGUACGCUCAAAUGCCACAGCGCCUGUCUCCGACUGCUACGCUGGCUGGCAAUUGGCCCUCGUUAGAUUGGAUCCGCCACACCCAGCUACCAGGACGCCGCACAACCACCGGGUCUCGACUGGCAUCCCCGAUCUCCAUUCGCGCAGGACGGCUACUUGACGACCAUUUCCUCUCCUUGUCACAUUCGCCGGCUCUGCCCCUUCUACCAAGAUCGACACCAGCCAUCGUUUCCUGCUCCGUUGACUCAGUGGCUGCUGAUUUGCCAUCACUGUCUCGAGCAGGCGUCGACGUCCCGCUUCGUCCCCCUGAUUGAACCAGAACCAGAACCUCCAACCUCCCGGUUUGCUCUGAGCAGGACUCCCGACAGCCAUUCUUAACUAGGUUGGCGUAGACAACGCACGAAACCAUCCACUUCGACCAGACUAGUCUGACAAUUCGCCGCAUACCUCUACCGUUGCAUUCUCAAUAGGCCAUCCUCCCCGACAGCCUCUCCAACGAUCGAGCUCAUAUCGCCAUCUGGUCACAUGGUCUAACAAAAACUGCAAAGACUGACCAUCGCAUUUCUCAUAACAUUGUAUCAAAGCUAUUCUGAAAACAACCCGUCGAGCACUCGCAUAGCUCCCCUAGUGAGCCAUCUAGUCGAACCGGCCGUCAACGAUCCGGACGCUGCUUGGCGAGCCCUCGUACUUGGCGGCAUCAGUACGCCUUCACGGCAUCCAUCAAGACUCAAGAAUUGUGCCCCUUCAUGGACGCCACGACAUCUACUCCCGAAUCAAAACAUCCUUAUUCACCCAAAGCCUGGCCACCUGCAACUGGUGCUGCAUCGAAUAGCAAGCCCCCGCAGCAGAACAAGCACCAAGACCAGCAACCGACAUCACCCACCGUCCCCUUCCCGACGCACCUGGAUUUUCUCCCUUUAUGGUUUCCACAGCAGUCCAACAUCUUCCAAGCCCAACUGCUACACUACAACACUCUCAUAUCGCCGACCAGGGGCGGUGGGUUGCAGGCAGCGCCGUUGCCACCCGUCGUGUCCGCUUCAAACGCCCAGGCUUCGCCACGCUCAAGAACAUCGAGUAAGGCUGCGCAGCGAGACACAACAUCAAGCGGCAAGGGAAAUACAACAGGAGGAAAUGGUAGUCGAUCACGCCAGAACUCUGACAAGAACCGAACCGGUAUGACGAAUAAAGAGACUUCCGCCAAGAUGCCGCCACCGCCGGCACCAAAGACGGUCGCCGAUUCGACAAAGCCUACGCCGCUCCGACAGCCAACAAUAUCUUCCUCUCCCAAAAACCAAUCCUAUGCCAGCUCCGUUCCAUCAACACCGCACCAACACGCAAGGAAAUUUUCGUUCGAAUCUCGAGACCCCUCUCCAAACGCUGCCACGAACCAUUCUCCCCGGUCGGUCUACUCAGAAACAAACAGCGCUUUGCCAUCAUUACGACCCUUACCACCGAGAUUAGGAGGAUGUAAAUAUGAAACGGCACAAAUCAAUUCUCGUAGGAGAAUACCUUACUCGGUCGGAAGCGACCGAUUAGAGAAACUUGAUUUGCGGACCGUAAAGAAUAAAUUAUCUGCCAAGGACGAAGACAAGCUUGGCAAGGAAAUGCGUGACAUUUACAACAAGCUGUUACCAACAGAUGAAAUUGAGAACAAUCGAAAAGCUUUGGUAGAGAAGCUGGAAAAGAUAUUCAACGACGAGUGGCCUGGCCACGAUAUCAAGGUUCAUCUGUUUGGUUCAUCAGGCAACUUGCUUUGCUCAGAUGACUCUGAUGUUGAUAUAUGUAUAACCACCCCCUGGCAGGAGCUGGAGGGUGUCUGUAUGAUCGCCGAUUUAUUAGCACGACGUGGUAUGGAAAAGGUUGUUUGUAUCUCUGCUGCCAAGGUACCUAUUGUCAAGAUGUGGGAUCCAGAGUUGAGUCUUGCAUGCGAUAUGAACGUCAACAACACUUUAGCUCUGGAAAACACUCGAAUGGUCCGAACAUAUGUCGAGGCAGAUCCUCGCGUGAGACAACUGGCGAUGACGAUCAAGCAUUGGACAAAGCGUCGUAUCGUGAACGAUGCCGCUUUCGGAGGCACAUUGAGCUCAUAUACUUGGAUCUGCUUGAUUGUUGCGUUUCUUCAGCUUCGAAGCCCCCCAGUCCUCCCAGCCCUGCAUCAACUACCUUACAAAAUUCCCAAAGCGGAUGGUACAGUUGGUGAUUUUGCAGACAAUCUGAAAAAGAUUGAGGGAUACGGUGCCAAGAAUAAGUCAUCAGAGGCUGAUUUGCUGUUCCAAUUCUUUCGUUUCUAUGCCCACGAAUUUGACUACGAUAAGCACGUGUUGUCAGUUCGUGGGGGUAAGCUAAUGACUAAAGCAGAAAAAAAAUGGAACUAUGCUCUGAACAACCAGCUUUGCGUGGAAGAGCCUUUCAACGUUUCGAGGAAUCUGGGUAAUACGGCCGACGAAUACUCGUUCCGCGGCCUUCAUCUCGAACUGCGCCGGGCGUUUGAUUUGAUAUCCCAAGCGAAGCUGGAGGAAGCAUGUGAACAGUUUGUCUUCCCCAAGGAAGAAGAGCGUGUAUGGUCUCGCCCCGCACCUCAACCACGACCAGUGUUAUUAAGGAGCUCGUCUCAAUCGCAUUCAGGCCGAGGAGGGCGUGGUAAUCACCGUGGCGGGCGUCACAACAACAACUACCGUGGAGGCGGAAACGGUGGUGGCAACGGCAACUCGAAUCGACGAUCCUCAUCGAGUGUGCCUGCCUACGACGCCAACAUGUUUAUGCAACCCGUCAACAUGGCACAAGAUAUGAUGUGGUACCAAUCGCCUCAAAUCCAAUUCCAAUACGCACAACAAGAUCUUAUGACGCAGAUGGCAUAUCAAGAGAGCCUCCGUCAAUUUUAUGCACAAUCUCCAGCGUUUGCAAUGCAUCAGAACGUGGGACAACAGAGGGUGUCGACAAGCUCUAGUUCUGGUCAGCAGUCAACAGAUCGAUCAAGGACAAACUCGUUCGAUACCGCGCCUACCUCAGCCCCUCUGCGCCCUGAUCUAUAUGCAGUUUAUAGCAUGAGCCUUGGUCACGGCUUUUAUCCUCCGAGCAAUACAGGCUACGGAACCUACCCCUCGUCACCUAUUGCUGGCGCUGGGUCUAGCCAAGACUUCCGUCGGUCGCUACAGAGGUCAGGUGCAGGUUCGGAUGCUGGCGGUCAGACACCCAGCAGCUCAAUGCGAUCCCAGUCACAGCCAGCCUCUAGAUCCGUGUCUGCAGCACAGCUACCUGGAAUGUACCCGCUUGGUAUUCAACAAGUCCAACCGCCAUUCCUAGUAAAUAAGAGCUCGAAUGGCACACAUAUACCCAGCUUCAUAUCUGACGAUAUGGAUUUCGAUGAGACGCCGAAGGCAAGUGCUGACUCACCUGCAUCGGAGGAUAAUAAGUCUCAAAGCUUCUUCCCCCCACGCAGCGCAAGCCCUGUUAAAUCAAGCAACACAGGCGUAGCCGCAUCGGGUAACAUUGCGUUUGGUGAUAUUACCAGUCACGCCACCAAUACUUCGUCAUCAGGACGCCCACUUGGCGAGCAGACCUCCCAGGCUACGCUUGAUAAACGGACGAGAAAGUCGUCUCGGUCUCCUUCACCUUUGGGCCACAGCCGUGCAUUUUCUGUAGGCACAGCAUCGGCACCACUGCCUUCAGCGCCAUUCAGCGGGAGUCAAAGCCGAACAAUGAACCGACCAUUGGUUGUGAAUGGCUCCGGAUUGAAGCCAGCGGUCACCAGUGAGAAUUCUAAUGUUCAUACCACUGAGACUUUUACUUCCCACGAAGCUUCUCUCCCUAUGAUGAUGAAUGGGCUGAAUAUUCAGACUCCCUAUUUCACUCAGAAGCCCCAAGCUACUGUCAAUGGAAGCCAAGACACAGCCAAGUCAGAUGUGCAAGCUAAAGGACAACGUAACGGCAGCCAUCCUGCACCUGUGCCAGGUCCCAGAACUGGCCCACGCCCUGUUACAGAGGACGCAUCUUUCCGCGAUCGUAUCGCUAUGAUGAAUGCGCCGUACUAUGCUACUGUGGCAGGACAGAGACACGACUCAUCUAACGGAGAGAAACCGCCACAGCUAUCAACUCAGCAGCGUCUUGCGAAUAGACAGCAACAGGGCGGCAUAAUCGCCCCUCUAGAUCUUGCUGGGACAGAAAGCAAACCCAAAGGGUUGGAUAUGGCCCAUCUCUCUCCUGUGCUUGAAACACGGACACCAUCACCGGCAAAGAAUAGAAGUGCGGUUGAAAGUUUCAAGUUGAACGGCAAGAAACUCGGGGACCGACGCGACGAAACCAAGACCGACGGCCACCAGCUCCCUAAAGCUCAAAAAGGCCAGACUAGUGGUUCACCAUUCAGUACAACUCCACGAGGCAACGGCCACAUCCGUGCAGCCAAGAGCGAGGGCGAUGGUGGAUGGCAGAAAGCCGGCAAAGGGAAAAAGAAGAGCCAGGUCCAACCAGCCCUGGCCGAACAACCGCCAAAAUAUGGAUCAGAACGCAAAGGCGGGUAAUGGCGAGAGGAAACGACGAUAUCUUGGAUAGGCGAUCUGUCCCCAUCUGCAGUGAAAGGUAGGCGCCGCGUCAAAAGUGCGCUCAUACACUGAGAAGCGGGAGUAUGGGAAACCAAAAAAAAUGUGGGAAACUUGAAAGAUCUUUACGAUGUGACAGACAACCGGGGGAAGAAUUAGAAACGGCGGACUCUCAAAGACACGGUUCAUGUCGGUAUAUGGCGGUCUACUCUUUGUUCUUUUUUGUUUUAUUUUUUCAUUUCGACUAUUUUCAGGGCCUUUGGGGUUUUUCGGCGUUUGAAAUAUUACAGCAGAGAGCAUAGUCACUCAGAAGGAUCCCAAGAUCGGGUUGACAGCAUAUAGCGCUUUUGUCGGAUGUAGCAUGUAGAUACAAAUACUAAGCAUUUAUUUAUUUACUCUAUUUU